AUGUCCAAACUAAACCCUCUCACUACUCAUAGAGAGUUCUCUGGGUUACCAGGUGCCAUUUCCAUCACUUUGUUUCUCCCGCUUGUUCUUGUUUUUUUCGCUUUGGUCACCAAUGAAAAUUAUUCAAUCAAAGGCAUAAAUCUUCAAUUACAGCCAAUUUUAGAUCAAGUACCAUCCAACUUGGACCAAUUGAUUGAUUUAUGUUUCGAUCGUGAAUGCUGGGUUGCGUAUUUAGCAUGGUUCUUCGGUUUGGUCAUAGUAGAUCAAAUUAUCCCCGGUAAACAGUUACAAGGGAUCGAACUACGCGAUGGUUCUAAAUUGAACUAUAAAAUUAACGGGAAAUUAAUGUCUUUGACUUUAAUAGUUGUUUUAGUCAGUAGAUUAUACACUUCUAACGAUUACUACUUACCUGAAUUGCAAUUUUUAUACGAUAAUCAAUUGAAAUUAACCAUCGUGAUCACCAUUUUUUCCUUUUUAUUAUCAUUCUUCGUUUACUUUAUUUCCUUCAUUCCUUUAUCUUACGAAAAUGGCUUGGGUACUAGAGAAAGAAUAUUAUCAGUUAAUGGGAAUGCAAAAAAUCCUAUUUACGAUUGGUUUAUCGGAAGAGAAUUAAAUCCUAGAAUAGGUAAUUGGGAUAUUAAGUUAUUCUGUGAAUUAAAACCAGGGCUCUUAUUAUGGUUCUUGAUUAAUUUAUCAUGCAUUCAACAUCAGUAUCAAAUUCAUGGUCAGGUAAGUGAUUCUCUUGUUUUAGCAAAUGUUUUGCAAGCAUUUUACUUAUUUGAUGGGGUUUUAAAUGAAGAAGGUGUUUUAUCAAUGAUUGACAUCACUACUGAUGGAUUUGGGUUCAUGUUAUGCUUUGGUGAUUUGGCUUGGGUUCCUUGGUCUUACUCUUUACAAUCUCGUUACUUAUCCUUGAGUGAUAAUUAUUAUACUUUAGGUUAUUUCAAAUGUUCGCUUAUCAUCGGUACUAGUAUUUUAGGUUACUAUAUUUUCAGUCAAUCAAAUAAUCAAAAAUCUGAAUUUAAACAAGGCAAAUUAAAUCAUUUGAAAAGUAUUCCAACAAAAACCGGCUCAAAACUUUUAUGUGAUGGUUGGUGGAAAUUAUCUCAACAUACUAAUUAUUUUGGUGACUGGUUAAUUGGUUGGUCUUGGUGUUUACCUACUGGAUUUCAAACUCCUUUAACCUAUUUUUAUGUGAUUUACUUUGGUACCCUUUUAGUUCAUAGACAAAGAAGAGAUGAAGCCAAAUGUAGUGCCAAGUACGGCGAUGCUUGGAUCGAAUACCAAAAACAAGUUCCUUAUAAAAUUAUUCCUUACAUUUAUUAA